AUGACCAUCCAUGUAGAGGGGCUGGUGGCGAUCGCGAUCUUCUAUAUGCUCAUCCUGGCCGUGGGCAUCUGGGCGGCAUGGAAGAACAAGCACUCCGGGGAGGCGGAGGGCACCGACCGCAGCGAGACCAUCAUGGUCGGCGGGAGAGACAUCGGAUUGUUCGUCGGUGGAUUUACCAUGACAGCCACCUGGGUGGGAGGAGGAUACAUCAAUGGCACAGCUGAGUCUGUGUAUCUGCCAGGUUCUGGUCUGGCCUGGGCACAGGCUCCCUUUGGAUACGCCCUGAGUCUGGUUGUGGGUGGUCUCUUCUUCGCCAAGCCCAUGCGCUCACGAGGUUACGUCACCAUGCUGGACCCUUUCCAGCAGCUGUACGGGAAACGCAUGGGCGGCCUCCUCUUCAUCCCUGCACUCAUGGGGGAGAUCUUCUGGUCUGCCGCCAUCUUGUCUGCUCUGGGAGCUACCCUGAGUGUCAUCGUGGACAUCAACAUAAAGAUGUCGGUGGUCAUCUCAGCGCUCAUUGCGAUCUUCUACACCCUGGUGGGGGGGCUGUACUCGGUGGCCUACACUGACGUCGUGCAGCUCUUCUGUAUCUUUAUCGGCCUGUGGAUCAGCGUCCCCUUUGCUUUGACCAACCCUGCGGUGACAGACAUCACCAUUACUGCAGUGAAGGAGGUGUAUCAGGCGCCCUGGAUAGGCAGCAUCGGCAGGAGCGACAGCUGGGUCUGGAUCGACAACUUCUGCCUCCUGAUGCUUGGAGGAAUACCGUGGCAGGUGUAUUUCCAGAGAGUCCUGUCUGCCUCCUCGGCCACGUACGCCCAGGUCCUCUCCUUCAUAGCUGCAUUCGGGUGCCUCGUCAUGGCUGUGCCCUCCGUUCUCAUCGGAGCCAUCGGGGCCUCCACAGACUGGAACCAGACAUCAUAUGGAGCCAUACCUCCCAUAGAGAAGGAGGAAGCAGACAUGAUUCUUCCCAUCGUGCUCCAACACCUUUGUCCACCAUUUGUCUCUUUCUUCGGCCUGGGUGCGGUUUCUGCUGCCGUCAUGUCCUCCGCAGACUCCUCCAUCCUCUCAGCGAGCUCCAUGUUUGCGAGGAACAUCUACCAGAUGACGUUCAGACAGUCAGCUUCUGACCGGGAGAUAGUGUGGGUGAUGCGUAUCACCAUCUUUGUGUUCGGUGGCCUCGCCACACUGAUGGCGCUCGUAACUGGGACAGUUUACGGCCUCUGGUACCUGAGCUCAGACCUGGUGUACGUGAUCAUCUUCCCUCAGCUGAUCAGCGUGCUCUUCGUCAAAGGCACCAACACGUACGGCUCGGUGGCUGGCUACCUGUUCGGCAUGGUGCUGCGUAUAGGUGGAGGCGAGCCCUACCUGCAUCUGCCUCCUUUCAUUUAUUACCCCGGCUGGAUCAUUGAGAACCGGAUUCACCGACUGACGGGAGAAAGUGAAGAAUUUGUCAUUCAGAAGUUUCCCUUCAAAACCGUCUCUAUGCUCGCCUCUUUUCUGGGCAACGUUGCUUUCUCCCACCUGGCCAAGUACCUGUUUGAGAGCGGCAAGAUUUCACACAGAUACGACUUUCUCGACGCAGUGGUGUCCAAGGACAGCGGGGAGAUUAUGGAUAAGACGACGCUUGUGACUCGGAGCAACAACAUCGGGCUGUCGGAGAUGGCGUCCGUGAAACCACGCCUGAGCGUGACCUUGGCAGCGGCCUUCACGCGCCGUGACACAAUGCCAAAAGAGAUGGUGGAGGAGGAGGAGGAGGAGGAGUCCAGCCCAGACACCUCCCACCACGAUGAAUAA